AUGGACACUGAAUUCAACAAGUUUGUCCCGAACAAAAAAGCUUAUGAAUUGCAUGAGUUUCUUAUUUCUUACGGCAGAGGAGAGCUUCCAGCUUAUGGGUGGACUGAUCAAGUUUGGGGUGUCCAUGUUGAUCGUCUCUAUUUUCCUCAGUUUUAUAAAUCCAACGCAGGUAAUCACUGGAUUGCUGUCUGCAUCAACAUCAUUGAGAGAAAAGUGGAAGUCUUUGAUUGCAAUAGAGGAAGGAAUAGGCAAUAUGUUGAGAAGUUUGCGGCUUUGAUUCCGCGGAUAGUGAAGGCCGUUGCACCACCUGAAAGCAAGAAGCAGCUACUCGUAUCACCAUAUUCUAUAGUAGAUGUACUGAUGAAGGCAAGGUUGAACAAGAGUUGUGCUGAUUGCGGAGCAUACGCAAUCAAACACUUGCAAUGCCAUCUUCUUGGUCUCGACCUUGGCAUAGUAGAUGACGAAAUCAUCCAGGACUGCAGACAGAAGAUUGCUGUGGACUUAUGGGAAGCUUCACACAAUCCCAUCUUAGCUCAGGUUAUGACUCAAUAUGUGCCUUCACCAUGGGAUAAGCCUGGUGUCUUUGACCUGUCAAAAGAUGACUGA